GUGGUUUUACGGCGGUCCCGGAGAUCUCAAGCACAGGCGUUUUUGGCUUCUGCUUGCCGGUGUGGUACGCACGUGGGAGGGUUUCUGUGUUGGCAGCUGGUAAUUCUUCCUGCUCUCGUGGAGCGCCCACAUUGCAAGACGGAGUGACGGCGGAGGCCGGCGGUCGUGAGCUGAUGGAGUUCGCUGCGGAAAGUGGAGGGACCUCGGAAGGAGGUCUCCGGAGGGUAGCUGAGGGGGCGCGGCUCUGUCCGGAGUCAGAGGGGGAGAGAGACAGGGACUUACCUGGGAUGCCAGAUGGACUGACAGAAGUGAGGAAGACAGAGGAUGAAGAGGAAGGGGGUGGACAAAGGGCAGAGGAAAUGCGAAUGGACUUGACGGUUGUGAAGCAAGAAAUUAUGGACUGCUCGGAUGCAGAAGAAGGCGUGACGGGUGGCCAGGGGGUAAAGCAGGAGGCGGAGGAUGAGAAAGCAGGUGUAUUGGAGGUGAAGCAGGAGGUGGACCACAGUUUGUUGGUGAAAAAAGAGAGGGUGGAUGAACUAGAGGUGAAGGAAGAGGGGAUAGACUGGCCGGAAGUGAAGGGAGAGAGGGAGGCCAAGUUGGAGAUAAAAGAGGAGCUGUGUGUUGGGGCGAGCGUAAAAGAGGAGAAGGUGCUGGACGGGGAGCAUGUGAAAGAAGAGAAGGAUUUCCUGGAGAAAGCAGUGACGGAUGACUCAAAGGAUAGCGAAGAGCCGCAGGUGAACGCCUCGGUGGGCUGCAAGCGGAAGCUGGCCAUGUCAAGGUGUGAAACUUGUGGUACAGAAGAAGCAAAGUACAGAUGUCCACGUUGUAUGCGAUACUCCUGCAGUUUGCCCUGUGUAAAGAAACACAAAGUGGAACUGACAUGUAAUGGAGUUAGAAAUAAAACUGCAUAUGUUUCCAUACAACAGUUUACUGAAAUGAAUCUACUAAGUGAUUAUAGAUUUUUGGAAGAUGUGGCAAGAACAGCAGACCAUAUUUCUAGAGAUAUUUUCUUAAAAAGACCAAUAAGCAAUAAACAUAUGUACUUUUUGAAAAAUCGUGCCCGAAGGCAAGGUAUUAAUCUAAAACUUUUACCCAAUGGAUUCACCAAGAGGAAAGAGAAUUCAACAUUCUUUGAUAAAAAAAAACAACAGUUUUGUUGGCAUGUGAAGCUCUGCUUUCCUCAAAGUCAAGCUGAGUACGUAGAAAAAAGAGUACCAGAUGAUAAAACUAUUAAUGAAAUCCUCAAACCUUACAUUGAUCCUGAAAAAUCUGAUCCCAUAAUUCGUCAAAGGUUGAAAACCUACGUUCACUCUCAGACUGGGGUCCAGAUUUUAAUGAAGGUUGAAAAUAUGCAGCAAAAUUUAGCAAGGCAGAGUUAGACAGUGAGAGAGUCAGAGAGAAAGGUCUUCCUUCUGUUGGUUCACCCCCUAAAUGGCUGCCAAGGCCGACGCACUGCGCCGAUCCGAAGCCAGGAGCCAGGUGCUUCCUCCUGGUCUCCCUUGCGGGUACAGGGGCCCAAGCACUUGGACCAUCCUCCACUGCCUUCCUGGGCCACAACAGAGAGCUGGACUGGAAUAUGAUGAGAUGAGGAUUUACAUUUGAUUGUGUGCAUAAUUACAGUUACAUCAUUAAAGGACAGUGUAUUCAGAGAACAUCUUAAGGAAGAUUAUUACAGGUUAUAAAACCAUAGGCUCUAAUUGAAGAUAAGUACUGAAUAGGAAGAUUCGUAUUAUUUCCUGAAAAGUGCUUAACGGGCAGAAAUGUGUAGUUCCCUUGUGGCUGCUUGACUAAAUGUAUCGUAUGAUUUACAGCAUUCCUGUAACAUCAGAGCAAAUUUUUUAGCAAAUACUUGAUAUUGCCAAUUUCCACUGGUUUGCUUUUCCAUUCUUGGAGGGCUUAUGGCAGUUGUCUUAUGGUAUACCUGAUCAUUUAGAGCAAGCUUAAUAAGCAUUUCCUAGAUUUUAGCUUUACUGUGUGUGACUUUUGUUUUUAAAUUGUGAUCCUGGAAAGCUCAGGCAAUUUGUUGCAAAUCUUUUAAGAGUUUUCUUUCCAGAAUACAUACGAGAUUUUCUCUUCUGAUGAAAACUAAUAUAGCUACUUAAAUAUUAUUUACUCAUUCAUAGUGAGUUCCCCCUAAGGUCCAGGUACUUUCUAGACAUUUGGAUUGUAGUAGUAAGGAAGAGUGUUCCUGCCUCUGUGGAGCUGAUGCUCCCAGUGGAGGAGAUCAUUCAGGUAAUAAAAUUCUUGGUGUUGCCCUUUUCGCCACAUUGUUACCAACUUUCUAUUCUCAGAAAGUAAACUGGUGUUCUUGAACUGGAAAAGCUGGGCACUACAAGGGGCAGCAGCUCUUGCAUUGCUGUUCAUUUAUAAAACUGCAAGCUUUCUUCAGUUGUAAGUUUCCAAGUCUUAUUUAGUUUGAAGUCUAGUUUUUAUUUAUUAAUGGAAUUAUUUUCACAAAGUUCAGGUAUAUUUUCUCUUUAUGUUUGCUUUGCUGCUUUGAUAUUUGCAUAACAUCCUGAUUUGGGCAUUUUAAGAAGGUACAGGAUGAUUCUUUCAAAAAUAAAUAAAAACCAUUGAUUGAGGCCAAUGUUGAUGGCACAGCGGGUUAAGCUGCCACUUGGGAUGCCAGCACCUUUUGUCAAAGUGCCAUUGAAUAUUGGCUGCCCCACUUCUGAUCCAGCUCCCUACUAAUGAGCCUGGGAAAGGAGCAGAAGAUGGCUCAACUAUUUAGGCCCCUGCCACUCACAUGGGAGACUCAGAUGGAGAUUUUGGCUUCAGGCUUCAGUCUGGUCCAGCCAUGGCUGUUGCAGACAUUUAGGGAGUGAACCAGCAGAUAGAUGAAUUACCUCCUCCCUCUCCGUCUUUCUCCCUUCCUCUCUCUGUCAGUCCCUCUCUUUGUGUGUCACUCUAACUUUCAAAUAAAUAUAAAUGAAUAAAUCUUUUUUAAAAAGUUGUUUAAACAUAUAAAAUCUUCUAUUCAUAUAAAUAAAAAUUAGGACUUAUGCAAAAAUGAGUAAGGUAUAAUUCUUUUGUAGUGGAGAAGGCAGACACAUACAUAUAUACCUAAGUGUUUAUUAGGCUGCAAGGAGGGUAGCAGCUGCUCUUGCAUCAUCAGAAAAGGCAUUGUAGUGGUCAUGAUGUUUGAUUCUUACUAAAGGUGGAUAGUCCAUGUCCAAAGAAAGAUACAAGAUGCCAAGAUGCAUAAGAACAUUUAGUUGUUUGGGAAAAAAAGUAAGUGAUUUGAGGAUGUUGGAGUGUAUAUAUGUGUUCAGAACAAUAUUUCAAAACUUUUUUUUGAAAGAUUUACUUAUUUAUUUGAAAGAGUUACAUAGAGAGAGGGAGGGAGAGAGAAAGAGAUUUUCCAUCUGCUGAUUCACUCCCCAGAUGGCUGCAACAGUUGCAGCUGGACUGGUGCAAAGCCAGAAACUUCCCUGUAGAACUUUUUUCUUUAAAUGAAGUUGAAGAAUUCGUUCUGGACCCUCUGCUGUUAUCAAGUUAAGAUCUCAAGAUGUUGAGUAUGCAGCUAUAAAAAUCAAGCAGAAAAAUUAGUAAGGUUUAAUAACUAGUUGGCUGUUGGGAACAAUGAAUGGGAAGCAAAGGGGCCCAAGUCCUACACAGAUUUAGGGCAGGCUGAAUUUCAAGUACACCCAACAUUAUUUUCAGAAGAAUGACCUUUUUAUACUAAUGCUUUAUUAUUAGGAUUCUUUAGAGUGGGAUUAUAAUACUAUAAGAAAAAGUAACAUUAUCCUUCCAGAAUAUAUGGCGAAGUAGACCCUCUUAUUUUUCUUAAGAGCCUCCUGUUCAGAUUUUGUAGACCAAAUUGCUCACAUUGCAAAUAUUGUAUAUUAAAUAAGAAUUUUUUUACAGCAUUGCUCCUUAAGCCUAAUCCAAAUUAUGGAAUGUUUUUGCCAACAUCUAAAAAAUCUACACUGAGGAUUUUCUAUAAAGUCAACAUAAUGUCUUAAUUUGAUGCAUACUUUGGAAAGUUACUAAGCCUCUGUUUUCCCAUUUGAAAGUAGGGAUUGAGACAGGCAUGAUAUUGAACUGUUGUUGAAGAUCUAUUUGAGUUAAUAUAUGUCAGUGAUUUAACAUAGUUCCUGGCACACAACAAAUAACUCAAUAAAUAGAUAUUAUUCAAAUAUUUUGUAUUACAAUUGGAAAAAUAUUUACAGGUAACAUCUUAUUGAAAUGACUCAGUAAAUGUGAGAUUUCAUUUGUUUUUAAUUCUGGAGAUUAUUUCCUUAGUAAACUGAGCCAAUCUAUUUAAAAUAAAAAGUUCCACAUGGCUGGCAGUUGAUUGUAUUAUACAUUAUUAUUUUUUAAUGCAGCUAUUUCUAGCCAAAUAAUUUCUUAUACUUCUGGGAAGCAUGCUUAAGUUCACAAUUAGCUAUAGUCCCAGCAGGCUACUCACCACUAACCACAAAGGAACAAAUUCCCAAUCAUGUUAGUUUACAUUUCUUUUGACAUAAAUUAGAUAUUGCAAGAAUGUGAGGUUUCAGGAGCUUAAGAUGUCAUCACCUGUUGUUCCUGUACAAAUGACUCCCAAAAUUGGAUAUAUUUUCAACCUUUCUCCCAAGUUUCAAAUCCUAGUUUACAGCUUUCUUCAUGGAUACAUCUUAUUAAAUCUUAAGCUCAGCAUGUCUAUAUCUCACUGAACCACACUCAUUUCUUCCAGGGUGUGUGUGUGUGAGAGAGAGAGAGAGAGAAAGAGAGAGAGAGAUGGGCUGUGUAUGUGUGUGUGUUGGGGAGAUGUCUUAUAUGAAAUAAACUGUGUGUGUGUGUGUCAUAUUAAAUGAGUUGGCAGUGUGAUGUAUCUAUGUGUGUGUCAUAUUUAAUGGGCUGUUGGGGGGGAUGGGAAGUGUCUUCUAUUAAAUGGGAUGUCUGUGUGUGUAUGUAUGUAUUGUAUUAAAUAUACUGGCUCUAUACCUGGCAUCUUAAAAACAGCAAAUCUUGAUACUUACCUUCUGUUACUAGUAUGGUCAUUCUGUUAGGAGCCAAACAACUUUGACUUUUCACUUCUCCCUUGACACCCCUCCCUACAUAAUUGAUGUCCUUAAUGUCUUCCAUCCACUUUGCCAGUCUUCCUGAUAUAAUAACUUCCCAUAUGUUGUCUCUGCUAUGUCUGUGGCAGAAUCCAAUCCCUUCCUCCAAACUGGAUGUAUUUUCUUUAUCGUUGACCCUCAAAAUACGUUUCAUAAUUUUCAAAAUUCCUCCAACCAUACCUUGUGUCUUAUCCCAUGAAGUAUAUUGAUGAUAAACUAUUUUUGAGGACAGUGACUGCCUUUAGACAUCCUUCAUCUUUUUUUUUCCCAGAAACCUUUUAUUUAAGGCAUACAAACUUAAUACAUUUCAUAAUUACAAGUUUAGGAUCAUGGUGAUUCUUCCCAGCAUACCCACCCACCCACAUAUUCUCCUACCCCUCCUCCUCCUCCUAUUCCCAUUCUUAUUUUUUUACUAAGAUUUAUUUUCAUUUAACUUUAUACACACAUAUGAUUAACUAUGAUAAGUAAAGAGUUCAAAUAAUAAUAUGGAAAAAGGAAAACUGUUCCUCAGCAGUCGAGACAAGGGCUAUUCAAAGUUAUUGCUUUUCAAUGUGUCGAUGUCACUUCUAUAGAUUACCUUUUAGGUGCUCUAUUGGUUAUCACAAGUCAGGGAGAACACAUGGUAUUUGUCCUUUGGGGACUGGCUUAUUUCAGUAAUUAUUUUGUUUUCCAGUUUCAUCCAUUUUGUUGCAAACAACUGGAUUUCGUGUUUUUUUUUUAACCGCUAUGUAGUAUUCCAUAGUAUACAAACCAUAAUUUCUUUAUUCAGUCUUCAUUUGACAAGCAUUUGAGUUGAAUGCAUAUCCUAGCUAUUGUGAAUUGAGCUGCAAUAAAUGUAGGGGUACAGAUAACUCUUUCAUUUCCCUGGGUAAAUUCCCAGGAGAGAGAUGGCUGGAUCAUGUGGUAGGGCUAUAUUCAAAUUUCUGAGGUAUCUCCAUACUGUCUUCCAUAGUGGCUGUACCAGUUUGCAUUGACACCAACAGUGGAUUAUGGUACCUUUUUCCACACAUGCUCACCAGCAUCUGUUGUUUGUUGAUUUCUGUAUGAAAGCCAUUCAACUGGGCUGAGGUAAAACCUCAUUGUGGUUUUGAUUUGCAUGUCCCUGAUGGCCAUUGAUGUUGAGCAUCUUUUCAUGUGUCUGUUGGCCAUUAGGGUUUCCUCUUUUGAAAAAUGCCUGUUUAAAUCCUUUGCCCAUUUCUUGACUGGGUUGUUUGCUUUGUUGUUGUGGAGUUUAUUGAUCUCUUUAUAUACUCUGGUUAUUAAUCCUUCAUAAGUUACAUAGUUUGCAAAUAAUUUCUCUCAUUCUGUCAGUUGCUUCUUCACUUUGCUGAGUGUUUCUUUUGCAAUACAGAAACUUCUCGAUUUGAUGUAAUCCCAUUUGUCAAUUUUGGCUUUGUUUGCCUGUACCUCCAGGGUCUUUUCUAAGAACUCUUUGCCUAUGCCAGGGUUUCCCCAAUGUUCUCUAAUAAUUUGAUGGUAUUGGGUCAUAGAUUUAGGUCUUUAAUCCAUUUUGAGUGGAUUUUUGUAUAAGGUGUAUGGUAGGGAUCUUGCUUCAUACUUCUGCAUGUGGAGAUCGAGUUUUCCCAGCACCAUUUGUUGAAGAAACUGUCCUUGCUCCAGGGAUUGAUUUUAGUUCCUUUGUCAAAGAUAAGUUGGUUGUAGAUGCACAGAUUGAUUUCUGUCAUUUCUGUUCUGUUCUGUUGGUCUAGCUAUAUGUUUUUGUAUGAGUACCAGGCUGUUUUGAUUAUAACUUCCCUGUAGUAUGUCUUGAAAUUGGGUAUUGUGAUGCCUCCAUCAUUGUUUUUGUAUGUAAGAUUGCUUUAGCUAUUCAGAGUCUCCUGUGUUUCAUAUGAAUUUCAGCAUCGUUUUUUCUAUAUCUAAGAAUAAUGUCCUUGAUAUUUUGAUUGGUAUUGCAUUGAAUCUGUAAAUUGCUUUCAGUAGUAUGGACAUUUUGAUGUUAUUGAUUCUUCCAAUCUAUGAACAAGGAAGAUUUUUCCAUUUUCAUGUAUCUUCUAUUUAUUUAUUUAAUAUUUUGUAAUUCCCAUCAGAGAUUUUUGACAUCCUUGUUUUGUUUUGUUUCGUUUUUCUUUGUAGCUAUGAUGAAUGGAAUUGAUCUUAGAAGUUCUAUCUCAGCUAUGGAAUUGUCUGUGUAUACAAAGACUUGAUUUUUGUGUGUUGAUUUUAUAUCCUUCCACUUUACCAAACUCUUCUAUGAGUUCCAAUAGUCUCUUCGUGGAGUCCUUUAGAUCCCCUAUAUAUAAAAUCAUGUCAUCUGCAAAUAGGGAUAGUUUGACUUCCUCCUUUCUAAUUUGUAUCCCUUUGAUUUCUUUUUCUUGCCUAUUGGGUCUGGCUAAAACUUCCAGGACUAUAUUGAAUAGUAGUGGUAAAAGUGGGCAUCCUUGUCUGGUUACAGAUCUUAGUGGAAUGCUUCCAUCUUUUCCCCAUUCAAUAGGACACUGGCCAUGGGUUUGUCAUAAAUUGCCAUUUUAAUUAUGCUGAGGAACGUUCCUUCGGUACCCAGUUUGCUUAGAGUUUUCAUCAUGAAAGGGUGUUGUAUUUUAUCAAAUGCUUUCUCUUUAUCUAUUGAGAUAAUCAUGAUUUUUGUUCUUUAGUUUAUUAUUUAUCAUUUAUUGAAUGAUUUGUGAAUGUUGAACCAUCCCUGCAUACCAGGGAUCAAUCCCACUUGAUCCAUGUGAAUGAUCUUUCUGAUGUAUUGUUGGAUUCAAUUAGCUAGAAUUUUGUUAAGGAUUUCUGUGUCUGUGUUCAUCAGGAAAGUUUGUCUGUAGUUCUCUUUCUAUGUUGUAUCUUUUUCAGGUUUAGGAAUUAAGGUGAUGCUGGCUUCAUAAAAAUAAUUUGGGAGGAUUCCCUCCCUUUUAAUUGUUUUGAAAAACUUGAGACAAAUUAGAGUUAGUUCUUCUGUAAAUGUCUACUGGGAUUUACCAGUGAAGGCAUCCAGUCCUGGGCUUUUCUUUGUUGGGAGGGUCUUUAUAACUGAAUCAAUUUUGUCUUGUUUAUUAGUCUGGUUAGGUUUUCUUUGUCUUAAUGGUUCAAAUAAGGUAGGCUGUAUGUGUCCAGGAAUCUGUCCAUUUCUUUUGGGUUUCCCAGUUGGUUAGCAUACAGCUCUUUGUAGUAAUUUCUAAUGAUUUCUUUUUAUUUAUGUGGUGGUAUCUGUCGUUACAUUUCCUUUUUCAUCUCUAAUUUUCAUUUGGGUUUUGGUUUGGUUUGGUUUGGUUUGGUUUGGUUUGGUUAGUUGGGCCAGUGGUGUGUCAAAUUUGUUUUAUAAAAACCAACUCUUUGUUUUGCUGAUUUUUUUGUAUAGUUUUUUUUUGUUUCAAUUUUGUUUAUUCUCUAAUUUUAAUUAUUUCUUUUUUCCUGCUAGAUUUGGGUUUGGUUUGCCCUUGUUUUUCUAGGUCCUUGAAGUACAUUGAUAGCUCAUUUAUUUGGUGCCUUUCCAAUUUCUUGAUUUAGGAACCAAUUGCUGUAAACUUUCCUCUUAACACUGUUUUUGCUGUAUCCCAUAAGUUUUGAUAUGUUGUAUUCAUUUGUUUCCAGAAUUUUUUUUAUUUCUUCUAUGACCGACUGUUCAUUCAGAAGAAUGUUGUUCAGUCUCCAUGUUACAUAUGUUCUGGAGAUUCCUGAGUUGUUGAUUACCAGCUUCAUUCCAUUGUGGUUUGAGAAGAUGCAUAGUAUGAUUUUGAUUGUUUUGAAUUUUCUGAGAUUUGCUUUAUGGCCUAGCAUGUGGUCAAUCCUAGAGAAAGUUCCAUGCACUGGUGAGAAGAAUGUAUAUUCUAUGACUGUGGGAUGGAAAGUUCUGUAGAUACCUGUUAGGUCCAUUGGUCGAUUAACUCUGUUUCUUUGCUAAUUUUCUCUGGUUGAUCUGCCCAUUGCUGAAAAUGGAGUAUUGAAGUCCCCCAUUACUAUUGUAUUGGAGUCUGUGUGUCUCCUUUUAGAUCCAUUAACAUUUUUUUAAAUAUCCAGAUGCCCUGUAAUUAGUUGCAUAUACAAUUAUAAUAGUCACAUCUUCCUAUUAAAUUGAUCCCUUAGUCAUUACAUAGUGCCCUUCUUUGUUUUAAUAGUUUUUAUGUUAAAGUCUAUUUUGUCUGAUAUUAGGAUGGCUACAUCAGCUGUUUUUGGUUUCUGCUAGCAUAGAAUAUCUUUUUCCUUUCUUUCACUUUCAUUCUGCAUAUAUCUUUGUUGGUGAGAUACGUUUCUUUUAGGCAGCAAAUAGAUGGGUUUUUUUUUUAAUCCAUUCAUCCAUUUAAUCCAUUUUCCAAUAAAUAUUCGUAUUGUUUACUUUGGAUUUCCUUUGUACUUUUACUGAGAGUUGUUCCACCUUCACCUUCUUUUGCAGUGAUGACCAUGUUUCUGUGUUUCUCUGUGUAGCACAUCCUUAAGCAUCUUUUGUAAGGCUGAACAGGUGGUGACAAAUCCUUCAAUUUCUGUUUGUUAUGGAAGGUCUUUAUUUCACCUUCAUGCAUAAAUGAGAGGUUUUCAGGGUAUAGUAUUCUGGGUUAACAGUUUUUUUCUCUUAGGAUUUGGAAGAUAUCUCUCCAUUCUCUCUAGCCUGUCUGUAGAGUUUCUGAUGAAAGUCAUCUGUGAGUGUAAUUGGAGAUCCUCUGAAAGUAAUCUGGCAUUUCUCUUGUGCACAAUUUAGAAUUUUUUUUCUUACAUUUUACUGUGGAAAAUUUAACUACAACGUGUCAUGAAGAUCUUUUGUGGUCCUUUCUUUUAGGAGUUCCUUGUGCUUCCUCUAUUUGGAUGUCCCUUCCUUUCUCCAAAUUAUGGAAGCUUUCUGUAAUUAUUUCACUAAAAAGACCUUCUAAUCCAUUCUCUCUUUUUUCACCUUCAGGAACUCCUAAGACCCAUGUGUUGCAUCAUUUGUUAGUAUCCUAUAAAUCUCCAACAGUGUUUUUUAGUUUUCUAAUUUCUUCUUGUUUUUGGUCUGAUUGUAAAAUUCCCAUAGAUUUGUCUUCUAACUUGGAUAUUCUUCAUUCUUCUUCACUGAGUCCUUUGUUAAGGUUUUCCACCACAUUCUUUAUUUGUUAUAUUCAGUUCUUCAUUUCCAACAUUUCAUUUUGAUUUCUCUUUAAGAUCUCAGUUGUAAGGCCACCACAAAACACACCUAACACGAGAAUAAAGAAAAGUUUUAUUGUUGGGUAGCAGUUAACCUAACAGUCUGGAGGGAGAGGGUGACAGAGGGUGACAAAGGGAGAGAGGGGUCUAGAGAGAAAGAUCAAGAGAGCACAUGUGUGGGAAACAGGUCCUGUUAUAGCCUUGCAGAGGAUAAUGAAGUGGGACUGACGAAUUGUGCUAGGCUAGGGGUGGAGCUGAAACUUGUGGUUGGGCCAUUUAGUCUGACUUCUAGCAAGCCAGGCUGGGCUUAGGACCAGAGCUUACUGUGCAAGAUGGCAAUGGGGGCCAAAGCCUAAGAUGACACCCGGGACUUAAGGUGGUACCACAGAUAGGACCACACUGUUUUACUAACAUCAGUUUCAUGGGAGAAAUUUUCUUUCAUUUCAUGUACAGAUUUCUUUAGUUCAUAGAUUUGCCUCUGAUUACUUCUAAGUAAUCGUACAGUCAGUUUUUUGAAUUCUGUUUCUGGCAUUUCUUCAGUCUCUUAAUCUUCACAUUCUAAUAUUGAAGUGUUGUGUUCUUUUGGGGGGCAUAAUGUUGUCUUCCUACUCUUGUUUCUUGAAUUGCUACGAUUAUUAUUCAGCAUUUGUAGAGACACUUCAUUUCUUUGUUUUUUUUUCCCCUGUGGUUGUGUUUAUCUUUGGACUAUGUCCCUGUGGCUUAGUGUAGUGUUUGAUUUUUAAGUCAAUGCCCAGGGGCGUGUGGUGAGUGUGGCCAGGAAGCUCUAUUCAGUGAUCCAGGGUGAAGGGAGCAUCCAAGAUGACACCCAGGUUCAGUGUGGUAAAUCUCUUUUUUUUGUUGUUUAUAUUUUUGUUUUAAUCAGAGGUGAGGCUUGUUCUGUUGUAGUCUCACACUCACUUCUUCUACUCAAAGGAGAGCAGUGUCAGGGUGCUAACCCAAGUGAGUCCAGUAUUCGUCCUCUGCCCCACGAACCACACAAAGGAACUGUGCAGUCCUUGGUGUGAUCACAGAUCCCACAGCAAUCAUCCGCACCUGGAAUUCAGGGAGCCCCGAGUGUGUGCAGUGCAGCCACCCACAGUGGCUGCCCAAAGUCCCAGCCACAUCCUGCAUCUUCUUUUCCAGCCACAGUAUUUUCACAGUCCUAGUAUCUCCACUUGGCUGGUUGUUGGUCACAUGGACAAGAGCUGAUGGCAGCUGUUAUGUAUGUCCAAAAUGGCACCCACCUUCUCUCAGCUUGUUACAGGACACCAGUGCAGGGUGGUUGUAGAGAGAGAAACAUGCACCCUUUUUUUCUCCUCUAACUUGGCAACUACUCUGUCCCCGACAGGGCUCUAAGCCAGGCCCACGCCAGGCUCUUCCUACAGCUUUAUCGCCAGUGGCUGGGGCUGCCAAAGCCUCUCAUCUCACUCCAGAGCUGGUGCUGGGGCUCUUAGCCACUGGGGCCCAGAGUUGUGCACAUCCAAACUCUCCACUAGGUCCACAAUGUCCGUCUGAUUUGCAUGAAGUUUAUUCUGCCAUUUUCUCCCUAACUCUUCCCUGAGACUAUACUCUCCACUUUUUUUAAACUAUCUUCCCUUAGACUAGAGCAGUAAGUUCCCUCCCUAUUCCACUAUCUUGGAUCUCCUCUAGACAUCCUCAUCUUUAUAUUUUCUGCAGUGCUGUAAGAGUGACUUUACUGUGAUAAGAUUUUCAUCUUGAUUUCUAAAAAGUAAUGUACUAAUUGAUUUCAACAUGUAUGCAUCCUGGGCAUUACAUAUUGAUGCCACUUCAGUACAUGAAAGCAAGUCUUGGACAACUUUUUUCUGUAAAUGGCUAGCUAGUAAGUAUUUUUGGCUUUGUGAGUCACAUGAUGACAGUUAGUCAAUUCUGCCAUUGUAGCACAGAAACAGCUAUAGACUACAUAAACAGUAGGCAUGGGGGCCAGUGUGAUAGUGCAGUAAGUUAAGCUGCUACCUCUGACACUCGCAUUUCAUAUGAGCACAGUUUGAGUCCUAAAUGCUACAUUUCUAAUUCAGCUCCCUAUUAAUGCUCUUGGGAAAGCAGAGAAGAUGGCCCAAGUGCUUGGGCUACUGCCACCCAUGUAGGAGACACAGGAGUUACAGGCUCCUUGCUGGCACAGGGCCAGCUUAUGCAGCCAUUUGAAGAGGGAACAAGCAGUUAGAAGAUUUCUCUCUUUGUCUCUCUCUCCCUCCCCGCUCAGUAACUCUGCCUUUAAAUCAGUAAAAUAUUUUAAAAAGAAAAACAAUGAGCAUAGCUGUGUUCCACUAAAACUUUUUUUUACAAAAUAUCAGGAUUUGACCCAAAGAGAUGUUUGUUUGUUUAUUUUCAUAUACUUGAAAAGCAAAGGGAGAUUCCCUGUCUGUGAUACACUCCCCAAAUGUCUGCAACAGCCAGGACUGGGGCCAGGCCAAUGCCAGAAGCCUGAAGCUCCAACCAGGUCUCCCACAGGAGUGGCAGGAGCUCAAUCACUUGCCAUCAUCCACUGCCUCCCAGGAUACACUAACAAGAAGCAGGAUAAGAAGCAGAGGUGCCAAGACUUGAACUGAAACUUCCAUAUGGGAUUUGGGUGUCUCAAGUAGCAUCUUAAACCUGCUGUGCCAUAACACUUGCUCCUAAAGGAUUUUUUAAUUGGUCUUUUGUGACUGUAUGUCAUUUAGCCAAUUGAGAGCUUCAGUUCAUAAAAUAAGCUAGGGGAGGCGAGGGAGAGAGAUGAUUAGAUUAUAAUACAGGCUCAAUAAGCUGAUAAUUUAAGUUACUUCAGAAGAAAUGCCUGCUCAGAGAACAGGCUUUUUGAUAUAUGAACUUCAUCUAAAAUAUCAGUGGGUUAAGAUUGAUCAAGUCUAUAGUUUUCACUUAUUUAGUUAGUUUUCAGUGAGCCACAUCCAUGUGCCAGCACAUGGAAUAUGUAGUCAUCUAAAAGACCAACUGUCAAGAAGCUAACAGUCUAGAAGGAAAAAUAGAUGUGUGAUAAAUACUACAACAGAUGGGUAUUAAAAACAGACAUAAAAGGUGUCCCUGGGAUUCCAUGAACAUCUUUGCAUGGCUACCACAGACACUUUGUGAUGGAACGACAUGCCAGUUACCUUUACUCUGAUUCCAAAAAUCGACAUGCAAAGCCAAGAGUUUAGACUUUAAACACAAACCAUAAUUUAACCAUUAUCUAGGUUUUAAUUUCAUAAAUAUUACAGAAAAGUAUUACACUUCCUGGGGGUACUAGCCUGUUGUACUUGCACAGAUUCUACUAGUUGUUUCCUGCUAUGCUGAUUUUAGUUAAUAAUUUUGGAACAUUUUUUGUUUGAAAAGCAAUCAGAGAAAGUAUGAGCUAUUUCUUUUGGAUGAUUUUAUUUCCAUGCUGAGAGGAUGUUUUUUAAAUAAAAAACUAAUGUUCCUUUGCUUUCUUUGGAUCUCUAUGGGUCUUUAAUAUGAAAUAUUUUUAAAUCAUUUUCAGUGAAGUUGAAAGGUAAGAUACUUUUUCCUAUGCCCUUUUAGAGAAACUGAUGUUGCCUGUGUGAAAACCUCUAUUGAAGCUCAGUUGAACUCUUUUUGGCUUUUACUUACACCUAUUCAGCCAGCAAGCGAAGACCCCCUUGACCAUACGGCAGAGCUGACCUCGUAGCUCAGGCUACUUGCUCAGACGUUAACUCCUAGGCUCUCAACUCUGCUUGCCAACAUGCCAGAUCCCAGUCCUACUUGAUUCCAAUAGGUCUGUUGCCAAUCCUACUACAAGGGGAUCCCUCCUUGCUUUUGCAUAAUCCGUGCCUCUACUGGACAAUUAAUUUCUCUUACCAUAAACAUCUCUAAGCCUAACUUGUACCCUGUGUUUCUUCUCUUCUCAGAACACUGCUUCCCAGAUUUCUGUGUCCAUCAUGAUUAUCUGGGAUAUUUGCUGAAGAUGUAGAUUUCUAGCUUAUCCCCAGAGGUUCUGGUUUAGUAAACCUUAUGAAGGACCUAGAAACCUGCAUUCUUUACAAUAUAUGCCUCCUAGGGCACAUAGAUAAGUUAUUCCUGAGACCACACUUUGAGAAACACUGAUCAGGAUAGUAAACUCUUAGAGGACAUUUGUGGAUUCCAUACAGUGUCUAAUGUGUUUUUUAUUUAGUAUUUUGUAGAUAUUUAUUCAGUUGAGUUGUUGAAGUUAUAUAAAGAAAUACAUCAAUAUUAGGAUGGAUUUUAAUCACAUUUUACAUCCCUUAAAUAUUAAUCUGUACAUAUUACCUGAUUGGACCAAGAAAAUUAGAUGAUCUUGUUUCAGGUUUAUGGAGGAUAGUUGAAAAAUAUACUUUAAAGAUAUUCUAAAUAGGAAGUUGAGGCCGGCGCCGCGGCUCACUAGGCUAAUCCUCCGCCUAGCGGCGCCGGCACACCGGGUUCUAGUCCCGGUCGGGGCGCCGGAUUCUGUCCCGGUUGCCCCUCUUCCAGGCCAGCCCUCUGCUGUGGCCAGGGAGUGCAGUGGAGGAUGGCCCAGGUGCUUGGGCCCUGCACCCCAUGGGAGACCAGGAAAAGCACCUGGCUCCUGGCUCCUGCCAUCGGAUCAGCGCGGUGCGCCGGCCACAGUGCGCUGGCCGCGGCGGCCAUUGGAGGGUGAACCAACGGCAAAGGAAGACCUUUCUCUCUGUCUCUCUCUCUCACUGUCCACUCUGCCUGUCAAAAAAAAAAAAAUAGGAAGUUGAUGUGUGUUAAAAGCUAGGAUUUAAAAAGAAAAUUUCCAACCAUUAGAAAAUUGAGGUUUUUGAAAAUUAAGAUUAUUUCUGUAAUGAUGGUAUGAAAUUAAAUAUAUAUUAGAGGACACAGAAGUUAUUCCAAAAUUUCUGAGAACAGUAUUAGCCACCAUUAGAUGUCUUGUCUUCUGUCAUUAGCCAGAGACCAUUUCUACCUUUGGGUAAUUCCUUAGAAAGUAACUGUGAUAAAAGAAGGAGUAAUGAAUAAUAAGGAUUUGUUCUCUAGACCCAGAUCCGAUUACUUACUCCUUGUUUUCUUUUGGAAUUUGAUUCCAAAUGGGUCAAAUCACUUAUGAGUCAAAUCACUUAAUCUAAGAAUCAGUAGUAAAGUUGCCUCUAGGAGAAGAUGCCAUCAUCAGUGUUCCCUCCAUCAUAUUAAGAGAUGCAUUUCCCGGCCGGUGUCAUGGCUCACUAGGCUAAUCCUCCUUGUGGCGCCGGCACACCGGGUUCUAGUCCUGGUCGGGGUGCCGGAUUCUGUCCUGGUUGCCCCUCUUCCAGGCCAGCUCUCUGCUGUGGCCCAGGAGUGCAGUGGAGGAUGGCCCAAGUGCUUGGGCCCUGCACCCCAUGGGAGACCAGAAGUACCUGGCUCCUGCCAUCAGAUCAGCGCAGCGCGCCGGCCCCGGCAGCCAUUGGAGGGUGAACCAACGGCAAAGGAAGACCUUUUUCUCUGUCUCUCUCUCUCACUGUCCACUCUGCCUGUCAAAAAAAAAAAGAAAUGCAUUUCCAAUAAAAUCUUACUUUAAAUGUU